CCGAGCGGACAACAGGUGCAUCAGCUCCCCCCCCUGCUCGGCUGGAUAAUGCCCACUGACUCCUUCAUCUGUGCAGGGCUUCCUCAUUUCCACCCGGGACUGGCUCAGGUUUGCAUGUCCUGAUUAUCUCCCAGCAGCCACAAAGAUGCCUUUUCCUCCCAUCAGCCUGCAGCAGCGCAUCUCCUCGCCUGGCAGGGAGCUGUUCGGGAAAAAGAAAGCCUGCAGCGCGGUGCCGGUUCCUCCUCAGACUGAACCCGAGAAAGAAAAGCAGCAGGCCACUUCUUGGGCAUCUGCGAAUUUAAGGAAUCUAGGGCGAAGGACGCAGCAGGAGAAGCACAAAAGCCAACCCCAGAAGUGCGCUGCUGCUGCUGGGGGAGAGACUCAGGGAAAAGCGAAGGAUGCGUCCAAAGCAGUGCGGCGCUCCAGCUCCAUGGACUCCAGCAGACACCUCAGGAGAGAAGAAGGGCACAGGGAGAUCCAGUUCAGCCUCAGCCUCACCCCCGAGGCCAUUCUCGUCAUACAAAAGCGGAAUUUAGAAAAGCAGAUGCUGGCCAAGCAGCAGAAGUGCUGCGCGUCCGCGGACUUUCGGCACCGGAGAGUUUUCCCAUCAUCCAAAAAGGCGCACGGCGGCUCCAACAAGGGCUGCGCUCCCGACAGCAGCAGCCCGGAGCAGGACAUCAGCGCCAUCGUCAAAAUCUCGCUGCUCAACGACCAAUACAAGUACGACGACGUGGAGUACGAGGAGGAGGACGGGGACGUGGACGAGACUGUUGUGAGGAAGUGUAAAGAGUGGCUGAAGGGGGUGGAAAACGCAGCCGCUUUGGGAAAAGUGGACAAACUUAACGCGCUUCCGCACCUCAAAGGCUGCUAACACUUGAUGAUGUCCAAUCUUUUAGUUUUUUUAAACUUGGACUAUAGUGAAGAAGACGUAAUGGUCACUGAUGUUGGCCCAGUUUUUUGAAAAUGAGUAGUAAAUCCACUCCAUGAUGAAUGUCAAUUCAUGCCGCGACUAAUGCUGCGUUCCAUUUACCUCGGAAGUCGGAACUCGGAACUGGGAAUUACGUCACAGCCGAGUUAUCAGCGUUCCAGUUACAAAGUAGGAAAACAAGUUUGUAGUUCGCAUAUACCACAUGAAAAAUUUUAAUGACUCUAUAGCAGCAUAUAUAUGCCGAACAAUACUUGCAUACGACUGAUUUAGUGUGACCAAAACUAGAAUGAAGUGCUACGAAUUUUUACAGAGCUCUCUUCUACUGUUUACAACCGGGGCAGCCAUCUUGGAAUGUGAACUCGGGGGUGGUGAAGACUCUCCCACUUUCCCAGUGGGAAAUCCCACUUCGAGGGGCGUUCCAGUUGAAAAUUCCGACUGGGAACUGGGAAAUCCCCACUUCCGAGGACAAAUGGAACGCGGCAUAAAUAGGCCUAAUACUGGUUUCAAAGAGUCACGUGAUGAAUAAAUCAGACAAGAUCAUUCACCAGCCGCAACAAAAGUAGGAGGCCUGUUGCAGUCUGGGUCUCCUUCAUUCAGCAGUGUUUGCUGUGCGCCCUCUUAAAGACGGCGUGUUUUGCAACAGUAAUGCCAAUUCAAUGUUGUUUUUAGUUUUAUUUUCACAUUUUACAGUCAUUCUUUGCACAUGGCCUUUGUUUUCAGUGGCGCGCCUGCGGAUUGGCAGAGGAGUGUGCGUAAAGGCACGCGUAACCGUUCCUUUGUGCUGGAGAACAAUAAACUGUGGACAACAGGGCUUUCUGCGCCUGCUACUGAAGCCAAACUGGAGUCUUUAUUUUCUUUCUAAUAAGAGGGAUACAUUCUUUGUCUGAGUUUAUGUACAGUAUUUAAUAUUUAAUAAUUAUUUUUGCUGUUGGAUUGUUCUCAGCUGAUGAGUUUCAUCCAUUUUUGGUUAAAAUAUUAAUAAUCAUAGACCUUUUUGAAUCAUUUAAAAGUUCAUUUCUGAUGGUGCAUCUAACAUAGUUCCUUUCCUAAUUUGCUGUCGCAUAGGUUUUUGUGUCUGUACCUGUGACCGGCCCCCACAGCAUUUUAAAGACUCUUUGAGCUUCCCGGGACCAUUUGGGCAUUAGUGUAGUAAGCUUCUUAGAUUUCCUGUUAAUCAGGGUUGACCAGUGUACUGCUGGACCCAGGUGCAUGAUCCCAGGGGCGUCAAUUGGGUAUGGCAAGGUAUGGCAGCCGCCACACCUUUGCUUCAAGGGUUAAAUGUAAAUGUUUGUUUUUUUAAAUACAUUUAUGGAAUAACUACAAAUGCAAAUAAGAACAACAUGAUCGAUUUCACUAGUUAUUACACACUGCAAAAACUCAAAAUCUUAACAAGAAUAUUUGUCUUAUUUCUAGUUAAAAUGUCUCAUUUUUAGUCUCAUUUUUUUAAAAUCUCCUUACAUUUAAAACAAGACUCAAA